GAAGCACCGUCUAGACACCACCACAAGCUCCGCCAUGAAGGUCUUCGUUGCCCUGUCAGCCCUGCUGGCCGCCGCCGUCGCCGCCCCCGCUCCCGGCUACCUGGGGGCCGCGCACGGCGUCCUGGCCGCCGCCCCCGCACUGGUCGCCGGCCACGGGGUGCACCCCGGCUACGCCGCCUACGGCCCGGCGCACAUCGCCGUCGGCCCCGGCGGCUACGUCGUGGACACCCCUGAGGUGGCCGCCACCAGGGCCGCCCACCUGACCGCCGUCGCCCACACGCAGGCCCGCGACGCCCACAUCAACGGCGCCUACGCGCACGCCGCCCUCGCCGCCCCAGCCGCCAUCGUCGCCGCCCCACACGCCCCCGGUCUGCUCGGAGCGCACGGUCUCGGCUACGCCCACGGACACUUGGCCAUCCACGGCUGAAGCCUGCUGUCGCGCCGGACGCCCCACCGCCGUCAUCCCAAAUUGUGUACAAACUAACUUAUAAGUAAAUAAAUAUCGGCCCAUCGAAAUGAA